AGCAGUGCCCCAUUGCGACACUAGCUAGCUAGCUGCAGCAAAGCUCGAGCGGGUUCGUCGGCUACAUUGCCACCAUGAUGAGAGGACUUUCGGUGGUGGCCAUCCUGGCCGCGGCCUUCGCCGUGUCUGCGCACGCCCAGCAGUGUGGCUCGCAGGCUGGCGGCGCGACGUGCGCCAACUGCCUCUGCUGCAGCCAGUACGGCUACUGCGGCUCCACCUCUGCCUACUGCGGCGCCGGCUGCCAGAGCCAGUGCAACGGCUGCGGCGGCACGCCGACGCCGACGCCCUCCGGCGGCGUGUCCUCCAUCAUAUCCCAGUCGCUCUUCGACCAGAUGCUGCUGCACCGCAACGACGCGGCGUGCCCGGCCAAGGGAUUCUACAACUACAACGCCUUCGUCGCCGCCGCUAACUCCUUCUCGGGCUUCGCGACCACGGGCAGCACCGAUGUCAGGAAGCGCGAGGUGGCCGCCUUCCUCGCCCAGACCUCCCACGAGACCACCGGCGGGUGGGCCACGGCGCCCGACGGCCCCUACUCGUGGGGCUACUGCUUCAAGCAGGAGCAAGGCGCCACCUCCGACUACUGCUCGCCGAGCUCUCAGUGGCCGUGCGCGGCCGGGAAGAAGUACUACGGCCGCGGGCCCAUCCAGAUCUCCUACAACUACAACUACGGGCCGGCGGGGCAGGCCAUCGGCAGCGACCUACUCGGCAACCCGGACCUUGUCGCCUCCGACGCCACCGUGUCGUUCAAGACGGCGCUGUGGUUCUGGAUGACGCCGCAGUCGCCCAAGCCGUCCUGCCACGACGUGAUCACGGGCCAGUGGAGCCCCUCCAGCGCGGACCAGGCGGCCGGGAGGGUGCCCGGAUACGGCGUGAUCACCAACAUCAUCAACGGCGGGCUCGAGUGCGGCAAGGGGCAGGACAACCGCGUCGCCGACAGGAUCGGCUUCUACAAGCGCUACUGCGACCUCCUCGGCGUCAGCUACGGAGACAACCUCGACUGCUACAGCCAGAGGCCGUUCGCGUAAGCCUGCGCGGCCAGCAAUAAAGCUAAUAAAAUCUCUCUAGCUAAAUUCUGUAACUAUGGCGUUGCAAGCAUGAAACCUGGGUGAAUAAAAGUGUUAUCCCUCACAAGAGAUGCAAUAUUGCAAUCCAUUAAUAAAAUAAAAGAUAAAAGAUU